GCAGUAACUCAACAAGUCGCUGGUUUAGUCUUAAACCACCACCUCGGGCAGCUAGCUCGAGGUUCACUCACAUACCAGUUAUUUACCAACAAAUCAUGAAGAUAAUAAUACUUUUAGUUUCAGUGCUCUGUAGUUCCACCGCAGAACAUUAUAAAACGAAGCCGAGCUUCGUGAAAACAUGUUCUUUAAGUGACCCUGACUUUGAUGAUUGUUCCCAAGAGGCCGUGCAAUUACUCUUCAAUGCUUUGGGACCUGGUCUGCCAGAAAUCGAUCUACCUUCAUUAGAUCCUCUAAAAAUACCGAAAAUAAGGAUUUUACAAGGAGAAGGCCCAGUUAACGUUAAUGCUGCUCUUGAUGAUGUUAUAGUUACGGGUUUCGGCAAGACCAUCGUACUAUUAAGUCAAGUUGACAGCAAGACGUACGACUUUUACACGAAAGUAAGAGUUCCGAAAAUAAGAAUACAAGGCACUUACGACCUAAAAGGAAAAAUUUUGCUAAUACCGUUGGUUGGUAGGGGGAAAUGUUGGUUUGAGCCGAGUAACAUGACCAUAGACAUAGUAAGCGAUGUGAAGUUAUACGAUAAAGGCGGAUUUACGUUUUUUAAUGUAACUCAAGUCCAUGUUAAAUAUAAUAUUGGGUUAUUAAAAUUAUACAUGCAUAACUUAUUCGACGGGAUCUCAUCUCUCGAGGAAAGCACAAACGCUUAUCUAAAUGCGAAUUGGAGGCCUGUGUCGGAGUCGCUGCGACCAAUUCUUACAAAAACAAUUGAAGAUAUUUUACUUGGCUUCAUGCAGCAAAUAUUCCACAAUCUGCCAGCUAGAUUUAUGAUUGAAGAUAUUAAAAGUAAUAAUGUAUUCAGCAAAAAGGAUCAAAAAGAAUAAUUUAAUUAAAAGAUAGGUAUUUUAGUUAAUUAGUCAUUUACUUCAUUGUCACAAUUUCUUGUGUUCUAUCUACGUGUUGUCGAAUUUAUGAAGUUCAGAAAUAUUGGAUUUACAAAUUUGUUUGUAACUCGUACUUGACUGCUUUAUAUGUAGAUUUAUUCAUAAGUUUAAGGUUUAUGUCUACUUUUGUAAAUAAUCGAUAA